AGACUGUGCAGGAUCUCAGAGACAAUCUAUCUCUUGCCUUGCAAGCACUGGACUUGUGAGUCGGAUGAUGACGCGAGCUUCUUAAUGUGCUCGGAUGUUGACGACCGGCAGAAAUGUGGCUGGACAGACUGCAAGGACAUUGGCCAAGAUCGAUUUGCGAGUUGACGAAGUGAUUGACAGGCUGGAUGCUUUAAACAGUUGUAUACUCGACGACGCCCUCAAGAGAUGGCUCUCACCAACAAACCCAGAAACUUAUCUGCAAGCAAACCUCAAGCAAUGGUCAUCGCAAAGUGGCAACUGGCUACUACAAGGGAAGGCGUUUGAGGACUGGAUUCAAACACCCGGCUCGAUAUGGCUUACUGGACUACCUGGUUGUGGCAAAUCUGUCAUGUGUGCUGCUGCUAUUGCUCUCACCCAACAACUUCGUAUGGCUUCUAGAAACAAUCUUCUCGCUUAUCACUUCCACUCAUUCUCCGAUGCCGAAACGUGGACGUUGGGUGCAGUGCUCAGAAACGUCCUCCACCAACUUGCUAGUCAGUCGGACAGUGUGUGCAAUGACCUGACCACCCUGUUCAAGACGUGUGGUAGCGGGAGUAGACGCCCGACUGAUGGCGAGCUCGCUGGGCUACUCAAAGCGACCUUAUCGUACGGCGCAGAAACGUACAUCUUCUUAGAUGCUCUGGAUGAGAGUGAUGAAAAAUUUGAGCUUGUCGAGCUUGUCGAAACUUUCCAAAGUCAGUCUCGGAACCUUCAUCUGUUUCUGACAAGCCGACGACAUGUCGCUUCGAUUGAUGCAAUUGAGUCUGGCAAGUAUUACGAGAUCAGCAUGGAGCGCGGUGCCGUCAAUCAAGACAUUGAGCGUUAUGUCCAGCAUCAACUUUUGUCUAAUUCCACCUUGAGAAAGUUCUCGUCUGCAUUACAGGUCAAAAUCCAAGCCAGAUUAUCAAGUGCGAACGGCAUGUUCCGCUGGGCUGCUCUACAGUUACAGGGACUAAAGAACCCACGCUUAACCAAGAUGGGUGAUCACAUCAUAGAACGCCAACUAGACAACCUCCCUAAGACUCUGGAAGGAACCUACGACCGUAUUCUCAAUGAGCUCGAUGACUUCGAGCGUCGAGAGGCACAGAGAUUGUUGGCCCUCAUCUGCUUCUCUAGACGACCUUUGACGCUUCCCGAAGUCGUCGACGCUCUUGCCAUCGGUCUUGAAGACCCUGAUCAAGGUCCCUUCGACCCGAGCUACCGCGUCAAAGACCCUAUGGCAGUCUUGGAUUAUUGUCCCGGCCUUAUCACACUGAUGCAAAAACGACGCGUCAAUGCCCCACGCUGGAGAGACAAUCCAGUAAUAGCACUGGCGCACUUCUCCGUUGACCAGUAUCUACGCCCCAAACCCAACGAAUGGCGAUUUGGAGGACUCACAGCCGCACAUGCACUUAUCGCUUGCACCUGCCUCAGAUAUCUUCUCUACUUCGACAGUCUAGACAACUACAGCAAGACCAUCAUGCGUGAAUUUUCCUUCCUCUAUUUUGCAGCCAGGAAUUUCCCCUACCAUCUCAAACUAUCUGGUUAUGAUGAAAAAGCAAUGGACUUGGCUUGGAGACUCGUCAACACGGAAAAAGCACUCAGGAUAUGCUAUCAAGUAUGUCGACCUCUGGCAAGAGGACCAGGUCUCAUCCACACCAGCGAUUUCGUGAAGAGAAGAAAACGCAAACAAGGAUUUACUUUCAGCUCAAAUACACCAGGUGGUCUUUUCUGUGCUGUGAUCUGGGAAUUACAACCACUAGUUAAAAAGUUCAUUGAGGCUAGGGAUACUUUAUUGGAUGAAAUUUUCGACUUCGGAACUGGUCAAGAUGCAUCUAUGCCUAGGACUGCCAUCGAAGCUGCUGCGUAUAUUGAAAACUUCGAUAUCUUUGUCCUGUUGCAUGAAGCCGGUGCACAGAUUGGCAAUUCGAUGCUCUGCGUUUUGAAUGCUCAUGAGCAAGAUCAUCAAUUCGCAACCACAUCAACCUCAUUUUCAUCGCCCGCCGAAGACCAAGAGAAGAGAACAAGGAAUUUAUUCCUCGACUACAUCAUCGCAAACAGCAAAGUCGACUGGACAUCUUCUAAUUUACUGUUCAGUGCGGUCAUCCAUGGCGAAAUUGACAUUAUCAAGCAAUGUCUGGAGAACGGCGCAGAUCCGAAGCUGACACGAAAAGCUACAUCAUUGUCUUGGAUAUCGCUAGUUGAGAAAGGAGAAGACGAAACAGCAAGGGAUGAGAUAAGCUUACUCGACAUAGCUAGGAGGAAUAAUUGCAGCGUGAUUGAAAAGUUGUUGAUGGAGCAUGGAGCACAGUAG